UUUAUGUUCGCAGCAUUGAAACGUUUGAGAGAGAAGCCUUUCAAAACAACUGGAUCCUUUUCAGAGUGACUUUUUACACUUUCCAUCAUGUCUCUGAAAAAACACACAGGAAAAGAAAAAGUAAAGCCCAGCUCUCCUCUUCUGGCUCAAGAAGAGAAUAUUCAAGUUCAGAAGAUGUGCUUGGAAGAGGAGAUUAUCUUCCUCAGAGAAGAAAAUGAGAGAAAGAGCGCUGAAGUCAAUAAAUUGUUCAGCCAGCUUCUUGAAAAGGAAGAUAUUCAAAAGGAGAAAGAAAUGGAACUCCUUGACAUGCGUGGAAGGAACUUUGAGCUCAAAGCAAAGCUUGAUAAAGCAAUAGAAAAACUCAAAGAAAUCCUCCAGCAGAAGAAAAAUGAGAAAGACAAGGACAAAAAGGAUCAGGAGCUGCAAUUAAAGCUUGAUGAAGCUCUGCAAAAAAAUACAGAAAUCCUCCAAGAGAAGAAACGGCAGGACAUAGAACUCCAAAACUUGGGGAUCAAAUACAAAGCAUUGCUUCUAGAGAAAAAGCAACAACCGAUCAAACAGAAAGAAAGCAAGCUUGAAGACUCGGAGGAAAACUACAGAGAGCUGAAAACAAAGCUUGAUAAAGCACUGCAAAGAAAUAACCAGAUUCUUCAAGAAAAAGAACAACUGGAAAGAAACCAGAGAGACAUGCGGUGCCAACUCCAAAGCAUGGAGGAAAAAUGCCGAGUCCUGGAAGUAAAACUUGAUAAAACUGCAGUGCACAAGCAGAAAUAUCAAGAGCUGCUUCAAGAGAAAGAACAACAGGACAUAAAGCAGAAAGAAGACAAACGUUUACUCCAGGGCUUUGAGAGGGAAAACCAAAAGCUGCAAGAACUUUACAAGAAAAUGAACUACAAAGCAACUGAAAUGGAAGGAGAGAAGGAGAAACUGCGAAAACAAUGCUCAGCGAUGCAGAGUCAGCUCAGUGACAUGCUGACAAAAAACACCAAACUCGAGGAACUUUCAAACACCUUGAAGUGCAAAAACACUGAGGUGCAGGUGCUAAAGCAGCAACUCCAGAAAACAAAUGAAGACCUGCAGUGCAAACUUGAAGAAAUGGAGAGGAAAAGUCAACAGUUAGAAGACGCUCACAACAAAUUACAAGAGCGUUAUACAGAGAUGCAGGAGGCAAAGGUAAUGCAGGAGGCAACUUCUAAUGAGUUGAAAGAAAGGCUCAAAGACAAACAAGCCGAAUUAGAAGAAGUGGAGAAAACAUGCAGGAGACUUGAGAAGGAGAAUACAGAAACAAUCGAUCAGCUGAGAAACCUGAUCCUAGAGAAAAAGGUUCUCGUGGAAAAGCUCCUGGAAAAGAAGAAGAAACGCUUCCGCUUCUUCUGGAGGAAGGACACUCAUGCUUUGUCUGGUUUUUCCACUGCUGAUGUCACCUCGUCUUCCUCCACCUCUGUUCCAUCGUUUACACUUUCCAUCAUGUCUCUGAAAAAACACACAAGAAAAGAAAAAGUAAAGCCCAGCUCUCCUCUUCUGGCUCAAGAAGACAAUAUUCAAGUACAGAAGAUGUGCUUGGAAGAGAUGCAUGAGGAAAAUCUCAUGAACAACCGCAAUACAAAACACCCGCCCCAGCCAGAGUACAUCUAUUAUGUCUGGCAGAGUUUUUUUGAACAGCGAAAGCAGAUUAUCUUCCUCAGACAAGAAAAUGAGAGAAAGAGCGCUGAAGUCAAUAAAUUGUUCAGCCAGCUUCUUGAAAAGGAAGAUAUUCAAAAGGAGAAAGAAAUGGAACUCCUAGACGUGCGUGGAAGGAACUUUGAGCUCAAAGCAAAGCUUGAUAAAGCAAUAGAAAAACUCAAAGAAAUCCUCCAGCAGAAGAAAAAUGAGAAAGACAAGGACAAAAAGGAUCGGGAGCUGCAAUUAAAGCUUGAUGAAGCUCUGCAAAAAAAUACAGAAAUCCUCCAAGAGAAGAAACGGCAGGACAUAGAACUCCAAAACUUGGGGAUCAAAUACAAAGCAUUGCUUCAAGAGAAAAAGCAACAACCGAUCAAACAGAAAGAAAGCAAGCUUGAAGACUCGGAGGAAAACUACAGAGAGCUGAAAACAAAGCUUGAUAAAGCACUGCAAAGAAAUAACCAGAUUCUUCAAGAAAAAGAACAACUGGAAAGAAACCAGAGAGACAUGCGGUGCCAACUCCAAAGCAUGGAGGAAAAAUGCCGAGUCCUGGAAGUAAAACUUGAUAAAACUGCAGUGCACAAGCAGAAAUAUCAAGAGCUGCUUCAAGAGAAAGAACAACAGGACAUAAAGCAGAAAGAAGACAAACGUUUACUCCAAGGCUUUGAGAGGGAAAACCAAAAGCUGCAAGAACUUUACAAGAAAAUGAACUACAAAGCAACUGAAAUGGAAGGAGAGAAGGAGAAACUGCGAAAACAGUGCUCAGCGAUGCAGAGUCAGCUCAAUGACAUGCUGACAAAAAACACCAAACUCGAGGAACUUUCAAACACCUUGAAGUGCAAAAACACUGAGGUGCAGGUGCUAAAGCAGCAACUCCAGAAAACAAAUGAAGACCUGCAGUGCAAACUUGAAGAAAUGGAGAGGAAAAGUCAACAGUUAGAAGACACUCACAACAAAUCACAAGAGCGUUAUACAGAGAUGCAGGAGGCAAAGGUAAUGCAGGAGGCAACUUCUAAUGAGUUGAAAGAAAGGCUCAAAAACAAACAAGCCGAAUUAGAAGAAGUGGAGAAAACAUGCAGGAGACUUGAGAAGGAGAAUACAGAAACAAUCGAUCAGCUGAGAAACCUGAUCCUAGAGAAAAAGGUUCUCGUGGAAAAGCUCCUGGAAAAGAAGAAGAAACGCUUCCGCUUCUUCUGGAGGAAGGACACUCAUGCUUUGUCUGGUUUUUCCACUGCUGAUGUCACCUCGUCUUCCUCCACCUCUGUUCCAUCGUAAUUUUGACCUCCCCUCUCCUGCCCUCUCCCUCUCUCCUGACACCUUGACACCUCUCCCUCCCCUAGCUCCCUUGAACUCCUAACACCUGUCCCAUCUCCC